AUGGAGGGUUUGAGAUUAGUCACACCUAGCCCUAGCUGUUUGAGGGUCUUGAGUGGGAAAAUGUUCAGUGCUGGGCUGUUGUCAACGAGGACAUGUGGAACCCUCAUUCCGUUGCAAUCAAUGGUGCUCAGCCACCAGGGUUAUGCUGGUUCUGCUGCGGAUGUCUGGUCAUGUGGGGUCAUCCUGUAUGUUCUAAUUGCUGGAUACCUUCCAUUUGAGGAGAUUGACCUUCCAACUUUAUACAGAAAGAUUAAUGCAGCAGAGUUUGCCUGCCCACCAUGGUUCUCGCCUGGGGUGAAGUCAUUGAUCCAUAGAAUUCUAGACCCCAAUCCUAAAACUCGUAUUCAAAUAGAGGAGAUAAAAAACGAUCCAUGGUUCAGGGAAAACUAUCUGGCUGUCAAACAUGUGGAAGAUGAAACAGUAAAUCUGGACGAUGUCCGUGCAGUUUUUGAUGACAUUGAGGAUAAAUUUGUUUCUGAGCAGUCAGAAGGCAAUGAAAGGGGUCCUUUGAUGAUGAAUGCGUUUGAGAUGAUUACCCUUUCCCAAGGGUUAAACCUUUCGGCAUUGUUUGACAGGCGCCAGGACUAUGUAAAACGACAAACUCGUUUUGUCUCUCGUAAGCCAGCAAAAGAGAUUAUAUCAACUAUUGAAGCAGUUGGAGUAUCCAUGGGUUUCAAGGUCCAUACACGAAACUACAAGGUGAGAUUUGAAGGAAUAUCUGCAAAUAAAGCAGGACAGUUUGCUGUUGCCCUAGAGGUUUAUGAAGUUGCUCCUUCCCUUUUCAUGGCCGAUGUUCGGAAGGCUGCUGGUGAUACAUUUGAAUAUCACAAGUUCUACAAGAACUUAUGUAGCAAACUUGAACAUAUUAUUUGGAGACCAACAGGGUGUGCUGCAUAUCCGAGUCUUUUAGAACAAUGACUUGCUGAUCCAGAUUGAUGGAGGUGAUGCAAAUUAGUAAGCAGACUGGGCCGAUUGAACCUAAAUGUUUGUCCCCCGCUGGAAAGGGUCUUGACAAUCGUUUAAUCCUCUAUAUAUAGUCUAUGUGUAGUAUGGAUUGUUGAUCUGCAUUUCAUAUUUAUGUCUUAGCUUAAUAACUCAUGGGCUGUAAAUAUUAUGUUGACUCAUUAAAUGUUAUCUUAGAACUAUUUGCUUCUAGUACUCCAAUGCCAGAUCCGGAUCCGGAUCCAUAUUUUUGUA